CUCUUCUUCUAUCUGUUUUCUUUCGAGCUACCUAACUUGAUCUGAUCUGAUAGGAACAUUUCCAAUAAACAAUGCCGGGUAAGACUUCUACCCCGCGCAUUACCAAGUUCACCAACUGUCGCCUGGUGUGCGGCUUGAACUUGGUUGAGCAAGAUCUCUGGAUUGACUCUCUGACUGGAAAGAUCCUGAAGGAUCAAGAGGCUUUCUAUGGAUUGCACCUGUCCCCCGAUGAGAUCAUCGACCUUGGUGGCCGUAUCAUUGCCCCGGGUAUGAUCGAUGUCCAGUUGAACGGUGCUCAUGGCUUUGAUUUCUCCGUACCCUGUGAGACAAAGGAGAAAUAUGACGAGGGUUUGCACAUGGUAAACCGUGGAUUGGCCCGAACCGGUGUCACUUCCUACCUGCCGACACUCGUGAGCUCCACCCCCGAGGUGUACUGGAAGGUACUCCCCUCCCUCGGCCCAACGGCAGCAACCCAUACGCCCCAAGAUGGCGCCGAGUCACUAGGCGCACACGCCGAAGGCCCCUUCAUCAGCCCCGGCCGUAACGGCGUCCACAAGCCCGAAGUGCUGCGCGCCGCGGAAACCUUCGACGACCUCAUCCACUGCUACGGCGCUGACAACAUGGGCAGCGCCAGCCCAAUCAAGAUGAUCACAGCCGCCCCCGAAGUGGGCAACAUGAUGGCCCACAUUCCCGAAAUCGCCAAGCGCAACAUCAUCUACGCAAUCGGCCAUUCCGACGCAACUUACGAGCAGGCUGUCGCAGCCACGCACAAGGGCGCCCGCAUGAUCACACACCUAUUCAACGCCAUGCGGCCCUUUUACCACCGCAACCCAGGUAUCUUCGGUCUGCUGGGACAGAGUGAGCGCCGCAGGCCGUUUUACGGUGUUAUCGCCGACGGCAUCCAUUUGCAUCCCACUUCCAUCAAGAUCGCGUACAAUGCGCACCCGGAUGGGUUGAUCUUGGUUACCGAUGCUAUGCGUCUGUGUGGUCUGCCUGACGGUGUCUAUGAGUGGACGAAUGGGGAGCGGAUUGUUAAGACCGGUGCGCGGUUGACGCUGGAGGGCUCUGAUAAGAUUGCUGGGUCUUCAGCUACACUUAUCGAGUGUGUUAACAACUUCCGUCGUUGGUCGGGUGCGUCGACGGCUGCGGCUAUCAAUGCUGUCACUGCUGCGCCGGCGCGUCUGCUUGGCUUGGAGGGUGUGAAGGGGUCGUUGGAAAGCGGUGCGGAUGCCGAUCUCAUCGUGUUGGGUGAGAUUGAGGAUCCCUUCACUGGGCCGACCUUGACGGUUGAUCAGGUGUGGAAGCUGGGUGCUAAGAUCCACGACACUGACAAGGCUGCCGCUGUGACUGUAUGA